AUGGCUCCUUACACCCCUCUCAUAGCUCCUUGUACCCCUCUCAUGGCUCUUUGCACCACUUUCAUGGCUCCUUGCACCCCUUUCAUGGCUCCUUUCACCCCUCUCAUGGCUCCUUUCACCCCUCUCAUGGCUCCUUGCACCACUCUCAUGGCUCCUUGCACCCCUUUCAUGGCUCCUUUCACCCCUCUCAUGGCUCCUUACACCCCUUUCAUGGCUCCUUUCACCCCUCUCAUGGCUCCUUACACCCCUCUCAUGGCUCCUUACACCCCUCUCAUGGCUCCUUUCACCCCUCUCAUGGCACCUUGCACCACUCUCAUGGCUCCUUGCACCCCUUUCAUGGCUCCUUUCACCCCUUUCAUGGCUCCUUGCACCCCUCUACGCCACUGUAUAUGA